AUAAUACAAAGAUCUCCGAAAUCCCUCCUCAAAGAAAUCAUUUUAGUGGACGACGCGAGUGAAAGAGAUUUUUUAGGCAAAAAAUUAGAAGAAUAUGUAUCGAAAUUACCGGUUCGGGUGAUAGUUCUCCGGACGGGCAAACGGUCGGGUCUAAUACGGGCCCGACUUAUAGGCGCUAAGGAAGCCAAAGGACAAGUCCUUACUUUCUUAGACGCUCACUGCGAGUGUACGAAGGGAUGGCUCGAACCACUACUCUCCAGAAUUGUUGAGGACAGGUUUCGCAUUCCUAAGCGAGAAAUGAAACGAAGAGCCGAAGACCGCACACAACCGAUUCGAUCACCCACAAUGGCCGGUGGUUUGUUUGCAAUGGAUAAGCAAUACUUUGAGUUGUUGGGCAAAUAUGACGAGGGAAUGGAGAUCUGGGGCGGAGAGAACCUGGAGUUGAGUUUCCGGGUCUGGAUGUGUGGCGGGUCUCUUGAGAUCGUCACGUGUUCACACGUGGGA